AAAGAAAGAAGAAGGUUAGGAACCUUGGACAUUGACAGCAAAUGUUGUUGGUGCUACAGUCCACAAAAUAUCUCCGCAUAAGGGGUAUGUUCUGUGCACGUUCUGUUUCAGUCUGUCGCAUAGAUAAAGCAUAAAAUAUUCCCCGUGUGAGAUAAAGAUAAGUGUAGCAUAGAUAACAAUAAGUCUGUGGUUUCAGUGUACAAACAAAUAUCUUGUCCAUUAAAGUUAUUUAGUGAAUCAAGGCACAUUUUUCGCUUGAUUUCCAUCCAGGAUGGCGGACGUUCGAGAUAUCAUGGAGCUGGACAGGCCGCCCACUCCUGAACUGACCAGGGAAGCAAUCAUUGGAAUCGACAAGCCAAGAAAAAAGCUAAAUGCUGCGCCAAAACCGCCCAGAAGGCCGGAAGGGAUGCAUAGAGAGGUCUUUGCUUUGCUGUACAAUGAUAAUAAGGACGUUCCGCCCUUAUUCCCUUCCGAUACCGGUGGAAAUGGCUACAAGCAGGUAAAAAUCAAGCUAGGAAUGAGAAAGCCCCGAAAAUGGAAUUGGAUGCCGUUCACCAACCCUGCUAGGACCGACAAUGCGGAAUUCUACCACUGGAGACGUCCGAGCGAUGAUCCCAAAGAAUAUCCUUUUGCCAAGUUUAACAAGAAGGUAGACAUUCCCACCUACACAGAUGUGGAAUACCAGCAGCAUUUAACAUCAGACACAUGGUCAAAGGAAGAAACCGAUCAUCUAAUGGACUUGGCGCAUCGAUUCGACGUACGCUUUAUCAUAAUGGCCGAUCGUUACGAUACAGAAAAAUUCUGCAAGCGUUCAGUUGAAGAACUGAAAGAGCGCUACUAUAAAAUCAACGGGACUCUGUCGAAACUCAGCGGCGAAAGGAAGAUCUACACGUACGACAGCGAGCACGAAAAGCGCCGCAAAGAGCAGCUGAACAAGCUCUAUGAGCGUACUACUGAGCAAAUUGAAGAAGAGCAGUUUUUGCUGGGCGAGCUGAAAAAGAUUGAGGCUCGCAAGAAGGAGCGGGAACGCAAAACGCAGGAUUUGCAAAAGCUGAUCAGCCAGGCGGACAGUCAGAACGACACGCCGCGGAAAACCGACAAAAAAAUGCCUAAGAAAAAAGUCCCGAAUCCUUCUAGGCCCUCAAGGAGCGUGGACACGAACUACAUUCUCCAAGCUGUGGAAACCGCGGGAAUCAAAUUCCCCGAUUAUAAAAACAGCGGCGUAUCGCUUCGCUCUCAGCGCAUGAAACUGCCAGCGAAUAUCGGCCAGAAGAAGUCCAAGGGAAUCGAGCAGUCUUUGCAGGAGCUGAACAUGGACAUAAAUCCCACUCCAACCGAGGAAAUCUGCCAGCAAUUCAACGAGCUGCGGAGCGACAUGGUGCUUCUCAUGGAAAUCAAAUCAGCGCUCACCACUUGCGAGUUUGAGCUGCAAUCGCUGCGGCAUCAGUACGAAGCUUUGGCUCCGGGAAAGACGCUGCUGAUCCCUCCACAACUCACCAACACUGAGCAUGAAGUAAAGAUUUCCGCUGGCGAGAUUAUUGACGUAGUGGGGUCCCCAGGGACUCCAAUAAACACCUAGCUAGUGCUUUGGGGAAUCAGAAUUUAAUUGGCUGGAUAGGGAUUCUGAUUUGUGAUAUACGGAAGGGCUAGAAGACAUCUUAUAUGCAAAUAAAGUGUGAAUGUGUACGUAUACUAAACAAUCCUGUGCAUUUUGCCAUUUUUUUCAUAACCGACAAUCCUUUCUUCAAAGUCCUUUGAAAAAUUGAGUAUGAAAAUUAUAUCUUCUUCUAAAGUAGAAAAUAUAUUGUAGAAAAGCCAUAGUUAAAUAAAUCUAUUAACAUAAUAA